UCAUCUCGAAAUUUGAUCAUAUAUGCAGAGGAGACAAGGGUUGGUUGAUUUAGUUUUGUUUUUAUCCACAGGAAUUGAAGCUUUUUCAGUGCCAAUUUUAUUCUUCUCUGAGUAGAUUGGAUGAGAUAAAAGAGAGAAAGAUGAUGGCUGGGAAGGUUUUUUUGUUUCUUCUUUGUUUAAAUGUGGUCUCGUUUGCAGUGUUUGCUUCCAGUCCACAAACUUGCCCUGCUGAUGAUGUUAGUAGCAAAUGUGGUGCUUCAGAUGAAUGGGAAGGGGAAUUUUUCCCCGGGAUUCCCAAAAUUAAAUAUGAGGGUCCUUCAAGCAAGAAUCCUCUUUCAUACAAGUGGUAUAAUGCAGAUGAGGAAAUUCUUGGGAAGAAAAUGAAGGAUUGGAUGAGAUUCAGUGUUGCAUUUUGGCACACAUUCCGUGGAACCGGAGGUGAUCCAUUUGGUGCACCUACAAAGUUUUGGCCAUGGGAAGAUGGUACCGAUUCAUUGGCUAUGGCCAAGAGAAGAAUGAGAGCCAACUUUGAGUUCAUUGAAAAGCUUGGAGUCGAUCUAUGGUGCUUCCAUGACAGGGAUAUAGCCCCUGAUGGUAAAACCCUGGAGGAAGCUAAUGCAAACUUGGAUGAAGUGGUCGCCCUAGCUAAAGAGCUUCAGGGAAAAAAGAUCCAUCCUUUGUGGGGUACAGCUCAGUUGUUCCAUCAUCCUCGCUAUAUGCAUGGUGGUGCUACUAGCUCUGAAGUUGCUGUGUAUGCUUAUGCUGCCGCUCAAGUCAAGAAAGCCAUGGAGGUCACACAUUACUUAGGUGGAGAAAACUAUGUUUUCUGGGGUGGUCGAGAAGGUUAUCAAACUCUAUUGAACACAGAUAUGGGAAGAGAGCUUGAUCAUUUGGCAAGGUUUCUUGAAGCUGCUGCUGCAUAUAAGAAGAAGAUUGGGUUUAAUGGGACUCUUUUGAUUGAACCCAAGCCUCAAGAACCUACAAAACACCAGUAUGACUGGGAUGCUGCAACCACCGCUAAUUUCUUACGAAAAUAUGGUCUUAUAGGGGAAUUUAAGCUCAACAUUGAAUGCAACCAUGCAACCCUAUCUGGUCACAGCUGUCAUCAUGAGCUUGAGACUGCAAGACUCAAUGGUUUACUGGGAAAUAUUGAUGCUAACACUGGCGACCCUCAAAUUGGUUGGGACACAGAUCAGUUCCUUACAGAUAUAGCUGAGGCAACCAUGGUUAUGCUCAGUGUGGUCCGAAAUGGAGGGCUGGCCCCUGGAGGAUUCAACUUUGAUGCCAAAUUGCGAAGGGAGAGCACUGAUGUUGAGGAUCUCUUCAUUUCUCACGUUAGUGGAAUGGACACCCUGGCCCGUGGUCUCCGAAAUGUUGCUAAAUUAAUUGAGGAUGGCUCUUUGGAGAAUCUUGUUCGCAAGCGAUAUCAGAGUUUUGACACUGAAAUCGGGGCUCAAAUAGAGGCUGGUAAGGCUGAUUUUGAAAUGCUAGAGAAGAAAGCCAUGGAAUGGGGAGAGCCAAAGGUUCCUUCUGCUAAGCAGGAACUUGCGGAGAUGAUAUUCCAAUCUGCACUGUAGAAAGCAGCAUGUUACAAGCUUUUAUUUUUCUAUUUAGUAUUGGAGUCUAUCAAUAAUAUAGGAGCAACCAUGAAGUUGAAAUUGAGUCAGUCUUCUGGUUCUAGGACAUUGAUGAACUGAUUCAGGGAAUGGAACCUGUUCAUAUUAGGGGGGGCAUAGAGCAGUUUUACUUUCUACUUCCAUCGGAAAGAGCUCAUGUAUCUCAGCCUUUUGGCUACGGGCAAGUAUUGAGCACAUUUUACAUGUUAUUUCACAGCUUUCAUGGUGAAAAGCUUUUCAUUAGAUGUUCAUAUUAAAUUUUCAUAACAGAGUAUACAAGUCUUGACUGAAAUAAAAUCAGAGCUCACUUGUCACAGGAGUAAACAUGGAUUUUUUA